AUGACGGGAAGAAGCAACUGUCCUCGUUUCUCCAGGUACAAGAAGCGACCCUUUUCUCGCUCGGCACGAGCGGAGCUGCAGUUCCCCGUGAGCUUGGUGGAUCAGUUGCUGCGGAAAAGAAAGCACGUCCGGCGCCUAAGUGUUUUCACACCCAUUUUUCUCACCGGCAUUCUUGAGUACUUGACAUACAAUCUCCUGGAGCUGGCGGGCAAGGAGGCAGAGAAAGAUGGAGACAUCGAAAUCGUCCCAGAGCAUGUGGAGAGGGCAGUGGACAACGACCAGCAGCUCAACCUUCUCUUUCUCGGUGACGCCAGUGAAAUACGCCAAACAAGAAAAGAGCGUGUGUUUGUGGAGCAUGUGUUUGUGGAGCAUGUGUUUGUGGAGCAUCCAAGGGAGCCGCCUUCCUGGGAGAGAGGAGCCCAGUUAAAGAGGCGCCAGGUUGCAGGGGUCAAAAUCCUCUCGAUGGCGGCACAAGAGUGCACAUUGUCUUUGUCGCUGCUGCUAGUGGUGCUGGUGGUGGUGGUGGUGGGCAGCUCAGGCAAAUUAUGGACUGGGAAGGGCACCAGUCAGCAACUGAGGUCCAUCUUCCUGGGCCGCUGCCAUGACUCCCUAGUGCUGCUCAGUCCGGAGGAGAGAGACAAGAACUGCACAGCCAUCUGGGAGGCCUUUAGUGUGGUGCUGGACAAGGACCCCUGCUCUGUGCUUCCCUCUGACUACGACCUUUUUAUUAACCUCUCGAGGCACUCUAUUCCCAGAGACAAGUCCCUGUUCUGGGAAAAUAACCACCUACUCGUGGUCAGGUUUGCAGAGAACACCCGUCGCUUCAUGCCUCUGAGUGAUGUGCUGUACGGCCGGGUGGCAGAUUUCUUGAGCUGGUGUCGACAGAAAGUUGCCUCUGGACUUGACUAUGAAUCCUGCCCUACAGCAGCAGAUUGUGAAAACAAUCCGGUGGAUUCUUACUGGAAAAGAGCAUCCAUCCAGUAUGCCAGGGAUAGUUCUGGAAUAAUGCAGGUCAUGCUGAAUGGCUCACAUCCCAAUGGAGCAUAUCCAGUCCCGAGUUUUUUUGCAGACUAUGAAAUUCCAUUCCUCCAGAAGGAUAAAAUCACACGAAUUGAGAUCUGGGUGAUGCAUGAAAUUGGGGGACCCAAUGUGGAAUCCUGUGGCGAAGGCACUGUGAAAAUCCUGGAAAAUCGGCUGAAGGACAUGGGUUUCCAGUUCAGCUGUAUAAAUGAUUACCUUCCAGUGAAGCUCUUUAAAUGCGUGGACCAUAGCACUCAUCCGCACUGCGUCUUAAAUUCUAAGUAA